AUGAAUUGCGCUGAUUUUGUUGAUUUAUCGUCGGACGACGAUCACGAUGUUGAAAUCGUUGGCUGGAGUAAACCUUUACAAAAAGACUACGAUGAAAACGGUAAUAUUGAGAAGGUUGCUCAAAAGCACCCACACUUUGGAGAUUUCAUAAAAUCUUGUCUCGAGGUGGAAGAUUCUAAAGGUAUGAUGAGAGUUAUCAAUAGAUCAUUGCUACCAUUGUAUAAUGAAGCAAAGCCUGACUUCUUAAAUUCCGUGGAAUUUAAGACUAUUCUGUUGAAAACUGAAAAAAAUAUUAAAGGUUCUUGUAGAUUCAAAUUCUCUUUCAUAAAGUCGGUUUGCGAGGUCUUGAAGAAAAAUAAAAGAAAAAGGGCUAAAUUGACCACAUUGGAAUCUUCAAGUCGUAAGAAAAACAAAUUUAAUUGUCAUAAUGAAAAUGUAAGUAGUAAUGUAAUCGAUUUGGAGAAGCUAGAACAUUAUACUGAGGAAAGAGGUAUCAUACUGCUUGAUGAGAGUAAAGAAAAUAUGACAGUCAAUAAUUCCAUAUUAACUUGUUCUUCAACAUUAGAUGUAAAGAAGGAUGAAAAAACAGCUAAUAGUCCAGAAGAUAAAUUAUUGAUUGCUCACAGAGUUGAAAUGAUAGACAUAGAAGACAACAGUAAAACAAGAAUAGAAUUUCUAAAUGCAGAAAUUGCUAAAAUAAAAAGAUUACUUGAUGUCAUGGAGCAAGCAGAAGUUGAUGAAGACUCAAAUAAUUCUCCUUAUGUAAAAUCCGAAGUAUACAAAAGAAGAAUACUUGAUUUGUAUCGACAAUUAUGCGUAUUGACUGAGUCAUCUCCAGUAAAACAACAUAAAGUCAGUUUAAAGGUGUUAGAAGGACAUGCGGAAGAACCUGUACAAAUAUUGGAGCACUUCCUCAAUAACAACAUGCAAAGUAAUGGAUAUCCUGUAUUUCCAGAUUUUAAUGAUGUCAAAAUAUGUGUUGUUUUGGCCAAUGACAUGUAUAAGCUUAAUUGGCCUCCUUCGCAAGUUGUCUCUGAAGCGAGGUCACUUUUUACGCAAUGCGGGAGGGCUCUUCAAAAGUUGCGUCAGGAGAGAGAAUGGCGUGAUUUGAUAUCCCACAUUAAAGAAGAAAAUUGUGAGGUGGAUCCUGCUGACCUGGAUUCCGAGCUGAGAGCCAAGUUGGAAGCUAAUAAACAGAGAGCAAUCACCAAUGAAGAUGCUAUUAUAAGAAGAUAUGCAGAGAUGCAAGAAAAAAGUACAGAGAUAAAGAAACAUACAAUAACUUCUAAAACUGUAGUGCAAGAUGUUGAAGUAUCGGACAGCAAAAGUGAAACUACCAAUGAGGACUUUCACGAUAACAAUAUUGAAAGUGAGUGCGAUUCAGUAAUUCUUUGUGAGGAUGACGAUACUGAAGAAAUAUUCGAAAGACUGCGAAAUACAAUUCAAGCUGAAAAACCAAAGCCUAGCCAGGUAAAAACAGAGAUGGAUCUAGAUGGUAAUAGUGACAUAGAACCUGAAGCGAUCACUAAUAUUGUAAAACAGGAAAGAGAACCACUUUCCAAAUUGUUGGCAGAACUUGGUGACAAUUUUACAACAACCAUAGUAGAAAUACAGGAUCCUUUCCUUAUUGUAGAAUUAUCUGAUAGCUCUGAUGAUGAUGAUGAGGUCACCUUUAUAUAG